AUGAAACGUGUUAUCGACGAUAAUAUUAAUUUAAUAUCACCAGUGAAACGUUUUCAUCGUAGUGUCACUUGUUUACUUGAUUUACCAAAUGAAAUUUUGCUUAUGAUUUGUCGUUAUAUGUCAACAGCUGAUAUUCUUCAUUGUUUUUACACACCUGAAAGACCUGACAUGAGUCUUCAUUGUUUAAUUUCUGAUUAUUAUAUGAAAAUUAAUAUUGAUGCAAUAACAUUUGAUAAAUAUAAUUAUUUAAUUAAUUUAUUUCGUAGUUCAGAUUAUCUUCUUCAACCUGAAACAUUAAGAUUAAGUAAUGAACAUGUAUCUUGUUUAAUUGAACACUAUUUUUCUUCAAUACCGACAAAAAUAAUUCAACCAAUCUUCACUAAUUUGAAAGAUCUUACUUUAAUUGAUUGUCUACCAGGUGAUCUUGUUACUAUCGAUCAGCAUUCUAAACAUUUGACAAAACUUGAAUAUCUUCAUGUUACUAUUCAAAAAUCUAAUCCAAAUUUUGGUGAGUUUAUUAUCACUAAAUUUAUUUUAGAAUAA